AUGGGCGCGGAACAGCGCCAAGCCACUGGCUCAAGCGCCAAAUUCAAAAAACGAGCGACAGAUCCAGACGAGGAUGGGAAGACCGCCGGGGAACCCAAACGCCAACGAGUCUCACGAGCCUGUGAUAGCUGCCGGUCGAAGAAGGACAAAUGCGACGGGAAACAACCAGUAUGCUCGACCUGUGCAUCACUUUCUCGACCAUGUACCUACAAAGCCAACCCGAAAAAGCGUGGGCUGCCCACGGGCUAUAUUCGGUCUCUGGAGUUACUCUGGGGACUGGUGUUCCAGCGGAUCCAAGGCAGUGAGGAUGUGAUGCGAGCUUUGAUGCGAUCCAUAAACCUCCCCAGCCAUCUGGCCGCAAUGGGAAAGGAGGCAGAAGGGUCCGAUGCCUUGAUGGCUUCUUUUAAGAACAGCAUAGUGCUUCGAGACAUCGAGCGCAUCCUGGUGAUGCUGGAACAACCAGAAGAGGAGAGAGAUCGAAGCUUGCAAGCAUACGGGGAGGGAGAAACACCCCUUGAUGUCGACACUAUUCUUUCCUCGGCUGAAGCACAAGAAUGGCAAUUUCCGGAUGGAAUCGAGGCUCGCGAGACACCAAUGUCUGGAAUAUCGCCCACUCGGACGGCUGUCGGCAUUUCCCCCUUCAAGAAUCCGCCACGAUCAACUAGAGAGUGCGGUGUUCAGACAACGGAGUCUGAAGAAUCGCCCUCGACCACUUUUGCCCCACAAUCACAUUUCGAUGACCCUCGAUCAUCAUCAAUGAAAACCCCCUUCAACUCCCCUAUAAUGCAUGGCCACUCUUUGACGUCUACUUCUCGUACACGCAAUGCUGAGGGCGAUGUGUACAUUCCACGCUUUGCGCCCGGCUCUGGUGAGCACGCUGCCCUGUGGGCUGUGUUAACUCUUGCAUCGCUCCAGGACGCUUCAAUCGCCGCCACUCGGCAGACGGACGAGCAGCCCAAGGACCAACUCACGCCAUCGCAAAUGUAUGACAUCGCACGCCAACUGAUUCCCUCCGAAAGCGGCCCCCAUGAGAUUGGACACGUGCAAGCACUUCUGAUCUUGGGUCUGGUCAAAUUCGGACAACAAGAAUGGACUGCAUCCUGGAUGUUGGUCGGUCAAGCCGCACGAAUUUCCAACGCAUUGGGUCUUGAUCAACCUUCAUAUCCGUCAUCAUCGAGGACCAAUGAUCAAGAAAAACAGCUUGCAAGAGCAAAACAUGUCUUCCUGGGUUGCUUUGUUCUUGAAACCCUUGUCGCUGAGCAAACUUCACAAUGUCCGUCGCUACGACGGGCAGACUUAUCAAGAGUCGGGUCCAUCAACGAGGAUGGACUGGAAGAGUGGCAUCCUUGGGAAGAUCAAACUGGUUUGCGGCCUGCACAGUCCUCACGCUCCUCUAUGCAGCGUGGGCCACUUCACGCUUUAAGCACUUUCAACCGUCUAGUUAGCCUGGUGUCUAUCCUUAACGAGCUUUGCUGUUGCAAACAUGAUCCAACUAUAUCGCGGUCACAGCUGGAACAGCUGGAGCUACAGUUACAGCGCUGGGUAGCAGCGCUACCGAAAAGCUAUCGGGUUGAUCUGCACAGUAGACCUGUGCGACUCGCUUCACCACACAUCUUCGGUUUGGAGAUGACAUACGAGAGCGUUGCCAUCGCUCUCAGUUCUCAAAUAGCAAUCCGUGAAUGCGACCAGAACAUACUCGAUCCGCCUCACAAAUACCGCGCGACAGAAAGCUCAAAACGACUCCUGCAGCUGCUGCAGGUCUACAUGGAAACAUACAGCUUCGCUGCCACGCCACCAACCUUUGGCAUGAUGCUCCGAUUUGGUCUCCCGCGAUCCUCCUCGCGGGAACUUCCGUCGGACCUAGAUAUUGGGCUGCGAAACAAAAUUCACACCUUCUCAUCCCAUCUUUCUGCGCUGUGGGCCAUGGCAGACCGACAUGCCCCUGGACACAGUAUGUCUCAAAGACCUCAGCCCAUGCCCAUGGGUGCUUCUCCAAUGUCACAAAUGGAUGGUUCCACCGGUGGUGAAAUGUCACUUCCACUAGGGAUCUCAAUUCCUGCCUCACAACACCUCACCCCGUCGGAUGGAAAUCCACCUCCGAGCAGUUCACAUACCACAGCCCCUCCCACAGACCAAUUUCUCUCUACCCCAUGGCUUCGGGCCACACAGCACAUCGAGGAUGUGUCACUUCUACCCACCCCUUCAUCUAUAAACUCCACUGGAGGUCCGUCGGAGAUGCCCCCGCAUCAGGGGCACAUGGGCGGUCCUGUCGGUAGUGGUCUUGCCCAUCCGACGUCCGCUCCUGGCAAACCUCACAAUGGGACAAGCAUGCUCACGCAGCUUUCACCCACGUACCACCACAACGCACCAUAUCACCCAAGCGCGUAUCAAGACCCGUCACUUGCCACCGGUUCUUUCGUGGAUGUUGAUGGAUAUGGCGCGACCCGGCGACAGCGAAUUGCUCCAGACCUAGAUGCUUUAUUCGACGAAUUGGCAUCUUUGGACGGCGCUGAGAAGGCCGAUAACCAGCCGGAAUUCAUGCAGAAUCUCGGCUUCGUCUCCGAUGCUGGCAUCCCCGAACUUUACUCAUUUUCGGGUCAGGUCGAGCCUUUCCUGCUAGCUCAGACUCAGCAGCUGACCAAUGAUGGUACUACUCCUGGUGUACGACACGAUUCACAGUCUUUAGGCAUGUCGGGGACUCCUAAACGAUGA